GGGCACUCGGCCCCCCGGGCGCGCCCCCGCCUCCGGCGGCGCGCGGGAAGCCCCGCCCUCUCCUCCACCCUCAGCCAAUGGGAAGCGCCGAGAGAGCGCCAGGCGGGGCAGGGGAAGCGGGGUCCGCGCCCCCUCCCUCCGCCCUUUAGCCAAUAGACAGCGCGGGCGGCGCUGCGGGCGGCGCUGAUUGGUCGGGGCGGCGCGGUUGCUAGGCAGAAGCGGCGGCGCGGGGCGGCAUGGCGGGCGCGCUGGGCGUGGGGCCGGGGGUGCUGGCGCUGCUGCUGCUCUGGGCCAUGGCGCUGCUGCUCGUGAUGGCGCUGGGCCGCGCCGGCCGCGCCCGGGUCGCCGCGGUGCCGGUGACGCUCGGAGCCGCCGCGCUCACGGCCGCGCUGCUGCUUUUCCCCCGGGAGGGCGAGAGGCCGACCCCCGCCGGCGCUGAGGAGGUUGUGGACACCUUCCUCAUUGGCCGCUUCAUCCUCCUGGCUGUGAUGAGCCUGGUCUUCCUGGGGUGCCUGUUCCUGUUCCUGAUUUACCACCUCAUGGAGCCUGUGUAUGCCAAGCCGCUCCACAGCAGCUAGAGACAGCAAUCUCUGCAAGAAGGACAUCCUGAUUGUGUGGGAAUAAACCAGAGGCACCAGGAGGCUGCUCUGGAGGAGACCCUGAUGUUCUUUCUGAGCUCAGAAAGGGCCAGCGAAGCAAGUGAAGCCUUUGCUUCAUCUUAAAAAGCAAAGUUUGGUCUGAGCAUGAGCUCCUUCCUCGCCAGGGCUUCAAGCCUCUGCACCUGCAAAGGUGUGUGACCCUCUGAAUCCUGCUCUCGUUGACAGAGAGCUGAGACCCAGCCCUGGUGCUGCUCCUGAGUCAGUGCACUGAACUGAACCCAGAUGGUUUGUUACUGUUACCACAGGAGAUGGGUAGAGCAAACAAACAAACGAGUACCCAUCGAGAGCAGUGUGGUACUGCUCCUUUUUCACUGUGGUUUAAUAAAACACUUGGAGA